CUGGGGUAACCGUGACCCCUCACCCUUUUGUCGCUGGCCGUCUGCUUCGCGGUGCCGGCGGCUGCAGCGGUGCAGUUCGUUCCGUUCGUUCCUCCCGGCGCCCUGAGGGUGGGCGGCGCGAAGCAUGAAGCUGACCAAAGCUCAGUACGAUGAAAUAGCGCAGUUCCUGGGGCACGUGCAGCCCACCCGGCAGAGCCUGAGGAAGCUGAAGGAGAAGUUCCCUAGUCAAUCGCAGUCCACUCUGCUGAGCAUCUUCUCCCAGGAGUACCAGAAACAAAUCAAAAGAACACAUGCCAAGCAUCACACUGCUGAAGCUGUUGAAACUUACUACCAAAGGUACCUGAAUGGGGUGAUGAAAAAUGCAGCUGCCCCUGUAUUACUGGAGCUGGCCAAUGAGGUGGACUUUGCCCCGUCAUUGAUGGCUCGUAUUGUGUUAGAAAGAUAUCUACAAGAAAAAGAACAAGCCAUCCCAGCGACCUGCCUGGCCUUUGGCAAUGAGAUUCAAUGCACAUGGCUCCGCAGUCAAAUCAUCAAAUUUCCCUCCUCCAAAACUCUUAUUAAUAGUAUGCUACGGGACCCUUCUCAGAUUCCAGAUGGAGUUCUGGCAAAUCAAGUCUAUCAGUGUACUGUGAAUGACUGUUGUUAUGGACCACUGGUGGACUGCAUCAAACACGCUAUCGGGCAUGAGCAUGAAGUCUUGCUGCGAGAAAUGCUUUUGGAAAAAAAUCUCUCUUUCAUAGCUGAAGAUCAGCUUCGUGCAAAGGGUUAUGACAAAACACCAGACUUCAUUUUAGAAGUGCCAGUAGCUGUUGAAGGACACAUAAUUCACUGGAUUGAAAGCAAAGCCUCAUUCGGUGACGAAAGUAGCCACCAAGCCUACUUACAGGACCAGUUUUGGAGCUACUGGAACAGAUUUGGCCCUGGAUUAGUCAUUUACUGGUAUGGAUUUAUUGAAGAACUGGACUGCCAUCGUGAGCGUGGUAUCCUGCUAAAAGACUGCUUUCCUACCGACAUUGUGACUCUGCGACACAGCAUGGCUCAACGCUGAUGUUGGGAGGAAGAGGUACUGUAACAUACAAUUUUCUGGCGUACUGAAGUCCACAAGAACAAUGUGCAGGAGCUCUCUGUGUGGGUUACUUCUGAAGGAGAUUACCAUCCUGGUGUUCAACAAGAGGAGUGAAAAAAAAGAUGAUGAAACAGUGCUUUUUACUGGAUCAGUGCCGCAGGAUAAAUAGACACACAAAGUUUGCCUAUAGAAACUGUGCUGGGUAGAGCAUAAGUUUCCACCGUACUUAUGUAUACUUGUAAAAGCAUUGUUUUUCUCUUUGUUGAAACCACCAAGAGCAGAAGAGCAUUUUGGUGGGUGCUAGCCCUCCUUAGAUUUGAGUGAGUUCAGUCUCGCCCUAUUUUCAUGCUCAUCACCACUUAGAGGGGCAGUGUUGGGCCUCAGGUUUGUGCUCUCAGAGAUUUCUUAGUAGCAGCUUACAGAGCUUGACACUCUUUAAUACUCUUUUCUUCACUAACUGGCAUUUGGGAAAGGACAGAAUAUUUUUUAAAGGCGAGAGUUUUGCAUGUCUGCUCACCAUGUUCUGAUUUUCAGAGAAGCAAAGGUACGGAUUUUGUUGUAGAAUUAAAGGUGUGAUAACAGUUUUCCUAAAGCACAAGUUGAUAACCUCUUCCAUAAGGAAAGGGUCUUUAAAACAUUACAGUACAUAUUCAUCAUCUUUUUGCAGCUGAGGUGAUACUCUGUGUGCCUGUAUGAUUUCAAAAAUCACAUGCAGGCUUUUUAUAGUCUUGCCUUGACUUAAAAGGGUAUUAAUCUUAUUCCAUUUUCUUUCAGCUAUAGUUUUCAGAUGCAUAUGCAGUAUUUUUAUUUUGAACUUUUAGUUCUCAUUUUAACAGUUUGCUAUGUUUCAGAAAGGACCUUAUCAUUUUGACUAAUCUUUAAUUUUCAGGAAAAAAUAUCUUUCUUUAGUCUUCCUAGUACUCUGUUCCUUGCUGCAGAGAUAAGCUCGUAUAGCUCCACUGCAGUGAAUUAUUGUUGCAUAGAGAUUAUUAUCCUAGGUUUUAACAUGCUAUAGUGAAAAGAUUUAUUUUACAAAUAAACCUGUUACAGCUGUAAUUCAUUCCUGUUCAGCUAUUUAAGGUAUUGUGCUUAGCUUAUUUUGCCUAACCAGCUUUAAGGAUCUGCCCGUAAAGAUACACAGGAGCUGCAUGUAUGAUGUUGCUGCUGCCCCUGGGCUUGGGGUUUAGGCUAGUGGAAUGUGUGAAAUCCAGAAGAGAAUAAAAAAGAAGAAAUAGCUGAACAUUAUUGGAGUAGAAAAUUCAAAAGUAAUGGUUGUUUGAGUAAAUGGGUUUGAAGGGCAAACUGAAUUUGUUUUAGCUAGUGCAUAUGCUUUCUGUUGUAUGAAAUCAUUUAAAUCAGCUUUUACAAGAUGCAGUAAUGCUGUUUUUUCUUUUUGAAUAAAUUAAAUUUAUCUGCACAGAUGUUGAAAAUCCUGCUCAACCUCCAUCAAAGCUUUGCUUUGUUUUUACAUUAAACAAAUUUAUAUGGGGACACACAGAUAAAUCAGGUUAGGCUUGUAUUUGUUUCUUUAUUCCUCUACCUAAUACCAUGACAUAACAGGUUGGAAAGCAAUACAGCUGUCUUUAAUAAAAGCUUUGACCUCAUCUUUAUGUAUUGCCCCCUUUAAGCAUCUUUGUAUUAGAAUGAGGAUGAAAUAAGCCACAAAAGUGUACCUACUGUAUUAAUUUCAUUAAAUGCUAUUGAAGAAGCUUUGCCACCGCAAAAAAUAUGCUGUGUCACUAUUUUAAAUGCUGAAAGAACAUAGUUUGGUUUUUUUAUUGUUAUUCCUACUUGUGUCUUGCAAAAAAACCCUUGUGUAUUUUUUCUGUUUAUCAUAUGUAAACAGCAACUUCAGUAUUAAAGAGGAGAGACUACUAUU